GUCUGAGCGUUAAACUUUUCUGUCCGUUCCGCUCGCUUGACACAGACGGAGACAACAGCCAGGCUGUUUACUACACCGUUUUGCUGCUUCCCCUAAAGCGAUUCCUAAUAUCUAACAUGCAAACGAUACAAAGACACUAGUUCGCACAGAAAAGAUGGAGGACGUGGCCGCAGCCCCUGUUCUCCCAGGCCCGUCCCAGCCCACGUUUUCCCGCCCGCCAGGCUCCGAGCGCCGGAACCGCAAGUCUGGCACCGCCAACAUCUUCCAGGGGGUAAACCUGAGGCAGCUCAGACGGCUCUUCCAGGCGGCGGGAGACCCGGAUGCGGAGCAGAGAGCCCGGAUGGUGUGGGGGAACCGGAGAGCGGCGGGCGGAGAGGACGGAGCAGACAGAGAGGAAGAGGACGAGGACGGAGCGAUGGCGGAGGUGGAGACGGGUUUGGCCCAGGCACUGGUGGGACUCAGAGUCCGAGCACGGAACCGAAGCGGCCUCAGGGUGGAGUCUCAUAAAGACGGCACAGGAACACGAUGGGUGCGGGCAUUCGGUCAUCUCAGAAUCAACGAGGGUUCACUGGCACAGACGUCUGAAGUCAUAACUGGAGAUGAAAGUAACGCAGACAAUGAGGAUGACGACGCAUCUGCUUUGGGAGCCUGUGGAGGGCAGAGCUCUUUCGCGGCUGCAUCAUGUGACCAAGAUGACUUCCUGCCCCCGGAGGAAGAGACUCAGGGGCCUUCGGGCGGCCCCAGAUGGAGCUGGAAUGCCGUUCAGGAGAAGGACCCGGAGCGAUACCUGCACCGGAUUCGACACUGAUCUUUCCUGAGAGACUCACCGCCACCGUAGAUUUACUUGAAGCCAUCACCUCAAUCAAACGCUAGUCUUAAUCGAGCAAAGAGCAACACUACAGCACCUGCAAAGGCCAGGAACGGACAUUAACAAUAAUCCCGCAGGAUUACUGUCCUGUGAAACCUUAACACACUGUUUACGGGUUUGUGCCAUCCUUAUAUUCUCAUCCCUAAUUGCACAACAGCAGUCAAACACUAUAAUAGGGAUAGUUCACCCAGGAAUUACAGUUCUGUCUCAUUUACUCACCCUCAUGUCCUUACAAACCCCAAAUGACCUUCAUUUUUUGAGAGUUGAUGUUCAUGCUGCUGUUUUCUAUAAAAUAUGAGUGAACUGAGAUAUAAAAUCACCACAAAAUAAUUAAAAAUACAGCUCAUUUUGGGGGGAAACAUGUCCAGCUCAUAUUACAUCCCAAAAUCAAAAGAUAAACAAUGACAUAUUGUUCCUUUUUCAUAAAGCAAAUGACACCAAAACACAUUGUCACAAUGAUACAUGAUUUUAUAUUGGUAAAGUAUACUAAAAAGUAUACUGUGUUCUGAAGUAUACUAAAAAAACAACCUAGUUCUCAUUAAUUGCAUUGCAAAACAUAAUAAUUAUACAUUUAUUUAUACUGGUAAAAUUACAGUCAAAAGUUUACACACACCUUGCAGAAUCUGCAAAAUGUUAAUUAUUUAACCAAAUUAUGUGGGAUCAUACAAAAUUCAUGUUAUUUUUUUAUUUAGUACUGACCUGAAUAAUGAGAUGUUUAGAUAUAGUCCAAAAGACAAAAUAAUAGUUGACCCCAUUCAAAAAUUUACAUACACUUGAUUUUUAAUACUGUGUUGUUACCUGAAUGAUCCACAGCUGUGUUUUUUUGAUUAGUGAUAGUUGUUUAUGAGUUCCUUGUUCCAGUAAAACUGCCUGCUGUUCUUCUGAAAAACCUUCAGGUUCCACAAAUUCUUCGGUUUUUCAGCAUUUUUGUGUAUUUGAACUCUUUCCAACAAUAGCUGUAUGAUUUCGAAAUGUAUCUUUUCACACUGAGGACAACUGAGGGACUCAUAUGCAACUAUUACAGAAGGUUCAAACGCUCACUGAUGCUCCAGAAGGAAACACAAUGCAUUAAGAGCCAGGGGGUGAAAACUUUUUGAAUUUGAAGAUCAGGAUAAUUUUAACCUAUUUUGUGUUCUGGGAAACAUGUAAGUAUCUCCUGUAGCUUCUACAGGGCAGUACUAAAUGAAAAACAAUAUGAUAUUUAGGUAAAAUAAGAAAAAUGUACACAUCUUCAUUCUUUUCAAAAGUUUUCACCCCCGACUCUUAAUGCAUCGUGUUUCCUUCUGGAGCAUCAGUGAGCAUUUGAACCUUCUGUAAUAGCUGCAUAUAACAACAACAACAAAAAAAACACAGCUGUGGAUUAUUCAGAUAACAACACCGUAUUAAGAAUCAAGUGUAUAUAAACUUCUGAACGGGGUCAUUUUUAUAAAUGAAACUUAUUUUCUCAUGUGGACUCUAUGUAAAUGUCUUUUAUGUGAAAUAUCUUAUUCUGGUCAGUAAAAAAUAACAUGCAUUUUGUAUGAUCCCUCUUAUUUUGGUAAAAUAAUUAACAUUUUGUAGAUUCUCCAAGGUGUAUGUAAAUGUUUGACUUUAACUGUAUUUAUACAUAAUGGUGGUAUUUGUUUGCUGCCUCUGUGCUGAUAAAAUUGUAUUACAGUAUUUUUUUUUACUAUAAUACAGUAAAAAAAAAAAUCACUCCUGAGAAUGAUAAAAAAUAUUGGGAAAAAUAAUUUUAAAAAAUCCUUUUGAUUUCAAGGUGAAAAGUGACUUGAUUUUGGUGGAUUCACUCUAGUAGAUGUACUUGAGUGAACUGAGGUAAUUGUACUUGGAAAAAUUACAUAAAAUGACCACCAAACAUAAGAUUAUGCAUAAUAUACCAAGUAAUAUAGACUAUUUUAAGCUGCUUUUUUG